GCGGCGGCGGGGCCCGAGCGGUCAUGCCGUGGUUAAGCGGCGGCCGGCGGCGGCGGCGGGGAGAGCCGCGGGAGGCCCCGCGGGAGCCGCCGCCACCCGCGCAGCCCCCUCGGGAGCAGCCGCCGUCCGCGCCCCCUGCCGCGGCCCCCGCGCCCCCCGCGCCCUCUGCGCCGCCGCCGCCGCGGGCCCGGGAGAGCGCGGAGCUGCCACUGCCCGCCGGUUGGGAGGAGGCGCGCGACUACGACGGCCGCGUCUUCUACAUCGACCACAACACGCGCCAGACGUCGUGGAUCGACCCCCGCGACCGGAUAACAAAGCCAUUGACUUUUGCCGAUUGCGUUGGGGAUGAGCUUCCUUUAGGAUGGGAGACUGUAUACGAUAAACAAAUUGGAAUUUAUUACAUGGACCACAUAAAUAAGCUUACCCAGCUCGAGGACCCCAGGGAGCAGUGGCGGCGCGAGCAGGAGCGGAUGCUCAAGGAGUACCUGGUUGUGGCCCAGGAGGCCCUCAACGCCAAGAAGGAGAUCUACCAGGUCAAGCAGCAGCGGUUCGAGCUGGCUCAGGAGGAGUACCAGCAGCUGCACAAGAUGUGCGAGGACGACAGCCGCUCCCACGCCAGCUCCUUCUCUGGAUAUUCAGCAAAUACAAAGUACGACCCAUACCAAAUUAAAGCAGAAAUAGCAAGUCGUCGGGAUAGGCUUUCCAGAUUAAAACGAGAGCUGACCCAGAUGAAGCAAGAACUGCAGUACAAGGAGAGAGGGGUGGAGACCCUGCAAGAGAUUGAUCGUAAGAUGUCAAGUGCUCACACCAACUACAAACUGGAUGAGGCACAGGCUAUAAUGAGUGAGCUCCGGACCAUCAAGAAAGCCAUUUGCACAGGCGAGAAAGAGAGGCGGGACCUGAUGCAGAGUCUGGCCAAGCUGAGCGAUGGCUUCAGGAAUAGCUUUUCUCUUAGCGACCCUCCACAAGAGCUCCCUCACAACCCAGCUGCGCUUGGCGAUUUACCUCAGCAGUUCUGCGAUGCUGGGUCUCAGACCGACAUCAUUGGAGAGUUUGUCUUUGAUGAUAAAACAAGACUUGUAGACCGAGUCAGGCUUAAUUGGCAGUAUGAGGAAGCGAGAAAGAGAGUCUCUACUAUCCAGCAGCAGCUGGCCCAGCUUGAUAACGAGUCCUGGCCGGGUCUGGCCGAGGCCGACAGGGACCGGCUGCAGCUCAUCAAGGAGAAGGAAGCCCUGCUCCAAGAGCUACAGCUCAUCAUUCAGCAGAGAAGGCCGGUGGAAGAUGUGGCCCGGCUGGAGGAGGAGAGGAGGCGCCUGGAGGAGGAGAUCCAGCGGGCCCGGGCCACAUCUGUGCAGGGCGCCACGGAAAGGAUUCUGCUUCAGGAAAAAAGAAAUUGCCUCCUUAUGCAGCUGGAAGAAGCCACCCGCCUCGCGUCCUAUCUCCAGUCCCAGUUAAAAAGCCUGUCUGCCAGCACCCUGACCGUGUCUUCAGGGAGCAGUCGCGGGUCCCUGGCCUCCAGCCGGGGCUCGCUGGCCUCCAGCCGCGGGUCCUUGAGCUCAGUCAGCUUCACCGACAUCUACGGCCUCCCACAGUACGACAAGCCUGACGCCGAGUGUAGCCAGCUGCUGCGCUUUGAUCUCAUCCCCUUUGACUCCCUGGGGCGUGAUGCCCCCUUCUUGGAUCCCCCGGUGCCUUCAGGCUUCCACAAGCAGAGGCGCUCCCUGGACACACCGCAGUCCUUGGCAUCUCUGUCCUCGCGCUCCUCCCUGUCCUCGCUGUCCCCCCCGAGCUCCCCCUUGGACACGCCUUUCCUUCCGGCCUCCCGCGACUCGCCCUUGACCCAACUGGGGGACACUUUUGAGGUGCCCGGCCUGGGUACCCUUGACAGACUGCGGGCUCAGGCCUCUGCUUUGGGGGAUGAAGACUUGCCAGGCACGGUGUCCCUUCAGCCACACGGGUUCCCUGGGGAUGGGGAAGGACCUCGCGAGCGGGGACCUCAAGUGACCACUGCUCCCACGGCUGCAACAGUGACCCUUCGAGAAGACAGCGCCAAGAGGUUGGAGAGGAGAGCACGGCGAGUGUCUGCAUGCCUGUCGGAUUAUUCGCUUGCGAGCGAUAGCGGGGUAUUUGAGCCUCCAACCAAAAGGAGUGAAGAUACUGAAGAGUCUACACACGGGGACAUUUGUGGUAAUGAAGGGCCCCAGAUCCACGUUGGAUUUUUGCUCGACAGUGCCAACGAAUGUCUUCUCGUGAACGUGCUCCAGCUGAAGAACUUUGCGGGGCUGGUCCUGAAGGAAGACUGCAAAGUUCACAUCCGCGUUUAUUUGCCGCCCAUCGACUCUGGCACACCGAACACUUACUGCUCUAAGGCUCUGGAAUUCCAGGCUCCCCUGGUGUUUAAUGAAAUGUUCCGAAUCCCUGUGCAUUCAAGCAUGUUGACGUUGAAGUCGCUUCAGUUAUAUGUAUGUUCCGUGAAUCAGCAGCUGCAAGAAGAACUGCUGGGCAUUGCUCAGAUCAACUUGGCCGACUAUGACGGGUCCAGCGAAAUGCAGCUGCGUUGGUACACAGUGCAGGUGUUCGGCAGCUGCGGGCCGCCCAGAGCGAGGGAGAGUGAGAGGGCGGGGGGUGCCGCCGGGGACCCCGCACAGGCCGCUGCCGGGAAGACGGAUGCAGUGACGGCGCUGCUGGCCAGAACCACAGCCCAGCUGCAGGCCGUGGAGCGCGAGCUGGCCGAGGAGCGGGUGAAGCUGGAGUACACAGAGGAUGAGAUCCUGGAGAUGGAGCGGAAGGAGGAGCUGGCUGAGGCCGUGUCUGAGAGGAGUUGGCAAGCCGACUCGGUCGACAGUGGCUGCAGCAGCUGCGCCCAGACCAGCCCCCCACACCCAGAGCCCUGCUGUGUCGGCGUUGACCCCCUCCAUGGACAUGCGUUUGCUGGCCAGGCAGAUCCUUACAGUCUCGAGAAACUUCAGCCUCCACCUCUUAAGGUUGAUAAGGAAACCAACACUGAAGAUGUCUUUCCAGAAGAAGUAGCGAGUCUUCCGAAGGAGAGGCCCAGCCGCAGGGCCCGCGGGUCACCUUUCAUCCGGAGUAGCACGAUUGUCCGUUCACAGACCUUCUCUCCUGGAGCACGAAGCCAGUAUGUUUGCAGACUUUAUCGUAGUGACAGCGACAGUUCGACGCUGCCCCGGAAGUCCCCCUUUGUCCGAAACACCUUGGAAAGACGGACCCUUCGCUAUAAGCAGCCCUGCAGGUCGUCCCUGGCCGAGCUCAUGGCCCGCACCUCCCUGGACCUGGAGCUGGACCUCCAGGCCUCGAGGACACGGCAGAGGCAGCUGAACGAGGAGAUCUGCGCCCUGCGGGAGCUGAGACAGCGGUUGGAAGACGCGCAGCUCCGAGGCCAGACUGACCUCCCGCACUGGGUGCUGCGGGACGAGCGGUUCCGGAGCCUGCUGAAGGAGGCAGAGAGGCAGACAAGACAGACCAAACUUGACUUCCAUCAGGAACAGGCAGCUGAGAAGAUGCUGAAGAAGGCCUCCAGAGGGGUGUGCGAGCUGCGCGGACGGAGCCACAAAGAGCCCAUCCAAGUGCAGACCUUCAGGGAGAAGAUAGCCUUUUUUACAAGACCAAGGAUCAACGUACCUCCUCUGCCUGCCGACGAUGUCUGAUAUAGUACUUCGUACACUUGAAGUAUUUAUCUGCCUGUUUUAUUUUCAUGAAGUUCUUAGACUAGCUAAAUUUGUCCUUAAAAUAUUUGUGCAAAGCUAUUAAUAUACACACUUUGUAAAAAAACACACAUAUAUCUAUACAUAUAUAUUUUAUAAUAGUGACGGCAACAGGGCUUGGUUUUUCCUUGUUGUGAAAUUGACAUCUCUGAAGACAGGUUAUUUUAUAAAAGAUCAACUAUCUUGUUAAGAGUGUACAGUUUUUACGCUGUUUUAUUUGACUUAAAGGCUGGAAGACAGAAACAAAGUGAGUUCAGGCAAAUUCACUGUAUUGUAAUUUAUUUAUAGUACUUUUUUUCCUUGAAGGAAAAUACUGACUUUAAGAUGUAUUUUAAGACUAAAAUUUUGUGCUUCAGUAUUUGUCAUGCAGUAGAAUGGAACUUUGGGGCCGGUUUUAUUUCUGACACCCAAAAUGCAAAAACACCGCUAAAUUCGUCACUUGUAUCAGUUACUUCUAUGUGUAUUUAGCACGUAUAUCGUACCCUCCGCACUCGUGUUAAGAUACGGACUGCGGUGGCUCAGGGCUAGUUCACAUGUCGUGCGUGUGGUGCCCGACUGCGCACUGACGGCCUCUCAUCCUGUUGUCGCCUUGUGCGCACUCGUGUGCGGGCCACCGGCCCCUGGCAUCCCGGCCUUUAGCCUGCCUGCCCGUGGUGGCUGUCCACACCCCCUGCCUUCGCCAGAGCAGCUCCACCUUUGAGUCUGCUCCAUCUGAUCAUGACCAACAAGGCAGCGUGGACCUCUUGCGCUAUGACUCCGUCUGUCAUGAAGGGAAGGGACGAGAACCAGGAGCGCACGUCUUCAGAGUCCGUGGACCCAUGGACAGACGUAGCGCUUAUGAUGUGGACGUGAUGGCCUUUGAAGGCGAUUUUUCGUGGAAGGAAGCAAGCAUGCGUGGGUAACGACAGUUACCCAGUGAGGCACUUACAGGAGAGUAUUUGAUUUAAAUCAAAAUCUGUCCCCCACUCCCCCAUAUUGGAGUCUACCCAGUAUUUCUUAAAAAAUCUUAGAAGUAGUUCAUGAGGGGAGAAAAAAUUUUUUUAUGCAAUAAAACUAUACCAAUGUCCUUUGAAAAUGUCAAAUGAUCUAAAUAUUUUGCCGAAUGCAUAUUUAUUGUAUCUGAAAUGCACUCUCCUUUCCGAGGCCUCAGACAAGUAAAUGAGAUGGGUCGUGUGAACCGUAGAAGAAGCCAGAGCUCUCUUCCAGAUCUUUCUGCCCCUCCCUGGGAAGUGGCCCCCUUGAAUCAGUGUCUCCCCCCAACACACACUUUCAUCUGUAACCGUCCCCCUGUAUAACCUGCCGACCUCUACAUUUGUUAAAAAUGAGUUUUGUAAAAGCAUUUCAUCGACACGAGACCUACCACAGCCGGUGGAGUGGGCAGGUGCUGCGGGCUGAGGACGUCAGGCUUUCACGGCGCAGCCCUGGCGCUCUACUGCUGCCUCUGGUCGCGCUUCUGUCGUCAUUGUCAUCUUCGGCGUCCCGCUGAUUUCUCUGUGUACAUAACCCACAAUGGAGGCAGAGACGCACCCACUGUGAGCCCCUGCCAGAGCCGCCCCACGGCAGACGGCAUUGCCAAGCAGGCGAUGACAACGGCAGGCCCUCUGUGCCCCCAGCUGCCGAAACUUGGAACUCCAGCGAAGAAGCUAUCUGCAGCCAGACCGAGUGUGCAAGGGGCAGAGCGUGCGCGUGUCAAGCGCAGCGCUCACCGGCUGCGGAGAUGGCCUUGGGUGCACGAAGACCUCUCUCCUGGGCUCGGGGCCUUGAGGCCGCUCCCCGCCAGCCUCUCUCAGGCAGUGUGGGGAAGGCCCCCUGUGCCCAUGCGGGGGCCCUGGCCCCGGUGCACGCAAGCUUCUGUUUGGAGCGCCCCCCCCCCCCGCAGCUUUUAGUGUUCUGUGUUUCCGUGGCUGGGGUUUUUCGUUGUUGUCAGUUGUUUUGUUUUGUUUUUAUUUUUUUAACUCUGCCCCACCAGAAACAAAUGCAGUCCCUCUUGCGGUGUCAUCCAAGGAGCACUUGGAUUCGCCACCUCUCUAGUUGACGUCUCCUGCCUCCCUGCAAGGAUCUGCCUUUGCACCCGAGUGGGACCAGAGUGAGCAGGAGAGAAAAGCCAGCAAGUGGAGGAGGUGGACGGUGAUGGGUUCUGUGCUGCUCCCCGGCCGGGCCGACGGGGCCCGCGGACAGGGACAAGCUCGCCGAGCCUCUCUCUCCUGACCUGGUUUUGCAGCUUCUUUCUGGUGAAGACAGCCCCCCCCCCCCGAGAACACCCCACAUGUCAGAAAAGUGAAGUCCCGUUGUUUGCAGGGGCGUUUUCAUCUUCUGGGUAAAUUUGUCCGUAACCGCGCUUUGGGAUAGGAAAGCUGCCGCGCUUUAUCAGCAGCUCCGGUCCAGAGACCGUCCAAAUUGAAGUCUGCCCACUCGGAUUCUCUAGCAACAGUGCAGCCAGUGAAAGGGAAUUUGGUCUUCACGUCUUCUGAUCACUAAAUUGUCACUGCUGAAAUAAAUCACCUUCUGUCAAGGGAUUAAGUUAUAAUCAGUAUUCAUCUCUGUUUUUGUCACCGUUCCCAAAUUGUGUCAUUUGUAUUGUUUGAAAAUAUUCCUUCUAUGAAAUUAAACUAACCUGCCUUAAGAACAGAA